AUGCCCGACAUUUUGAAAAUCGAAAGUCGGCCCCUACCAGCCUUCUACUGCUGCUACUUACUACGGUCCAAGAACCGCAAAGCAUUCUACAUAGGCAGCACGCCCAACCCAGCACGUCGUCUUGGCCAACACAAUGGCUCGAGCAAGGGUGGCGCAAAGCGGACGUCCAUGCAAGGCAAGCGGCCAUGGGAGAUGACUUGCAUCGUCACAGGGUUCCCCUCCAAGUUUGCUGCGCUGCAGUUUGAAUGGGCGUGGCAGAAUACGCAUGCGACCCGCCACAUUGAAAGAGAUGUGCGUGAUGCGCGGCUCGAGGAGCUGCAAAAGGGCAAGAAGAAGACGAGCCCGACAAGGAGGAGGAGACCGCCCAUGUCGCUUGAGGCAAGGCUGAAGAAUCUGCAUCAUCUGCUGGGUGUCGGGAGCUUCAGUAGGUGGCCGCUGAAUGUGAGGUUCUUUGCGCCGGAUGUGUUUACCCAGUGGGAAAGGCAUAUUCUGAAGAUGAAAACGAAGCUUAGAAGUAGUGUCACUGUCCAACUUACACCGGCUGAGUUGCCCAAUCUUGCACCAGAUGUGGACAGUGAGAUGCGUACCUAUUUCAUACCCGACAUCAUACGAGCAAUACCAGUUGCGUAUGAGGAUUGCAAACCGUAUGUCGAGAAGUCAAUGAGCCUGCUAGGAGAGAGGCGAAAGCGCACUUGCUCCGUUUGCAACAAGGUUGCCAACCCAGAAAAGUCGCUAGUCCUCCUAUGUCCCGUCGACUCGUGUCCGUCCGUGUCGCAUAUCGCGUGUCUUUCACAGAAAUUCCUGGCAGAGGAGGCUAACAAAGACGCCUUGAUCCCUUCACAGGGCACCUGUCCUAGCUGCCGCAGCCCCAUCAGCUGGUCUGUUAUGAUGAAAGAGCUCAGCCUACGACUCCACGGCGAAGAACAACUCAAAGCACUGUUCAAGCCCAAAAGACAGAAGAAGUCUGAUGAGGCUGCCUCAGUCGACGUAAAUCUCGGAGAAGAGGAAGAGGAAGAGGAUCUCGACGAAACAUGGAUGGAAGAAGUCAGUGAGGACGAAGAUUAA